UGCAAAGUUCCUGAUGACGGUAUUUCCGGUUUGUGUUUACAUCCAUGGUUAACACAAGAAGGCAACACAUAACCAGACUCACUUUAAACACCUCGGUGUGACGGUUAAAAUAUAUGUCACUAAUUGUUCAUCCAUCCUCUGUGUAACAAAAAAAAGGCGUUUCUUCCGUCUAGAGAGCCACGUCGCGUCUCCCGUCGUGUUUCCGUCAAACUCCUCAUGCAAUGACUGCAAACUAUCAGCUAACAGCGAGCUAAGCUACCGACAACUCGUCCAGACAUUACCUAGUUCACUCCUGCUCAGUGUCCGCCCCUCAGAGUGAAGUCUCUCAUGGUGGUCAGUUCACUUUAAUGGGUAACUGCCUGUUUUCACAAGGUGCGGAUGACCUGUCGCUGCUGAACGAAUCUGAGGGGGGCAGUCUGCCCGGGGAGCCUCCGCCGCCCUACCAGGAGCGCAGCCAGCAUGUGCCAGUGUACCAUCCCAACCCAGGGGAGAGUCGCUCUGCCUACCAGCUGACGGAGGAGGAGCAGGUCCGCAUCGCCCAGCGCAUCGGCCUCAUCCAUCACCUGCCUAAAGGCAUCUUCAACCCGGGCUCCGAUCCCACUGACAAGAAAGUUAAAGAGUGUGUGAUCUGCAUGAUGGAUUUUGAGUAUGGCGAUCCCAUCCGGUUCUUGCCCUGCCUUCACAUCUACCACGUGGAUUGCAUCGACCCCUGGCUGAUGCGCUCCUUCACCUGCCCCUCCUGCAUGGAGCCGGUCGACGCAGCCCUGCUGUCCUCGUACGAAACCAUCUGAGCCGCCCCAUGCUGGCCGCUCCUGCCUGAAAGUAACUGCACCUUUAUAGCCGACACUGUCCUAGCUGUUCAAACAGGUAGCCUCGGUGAUGUGACAUUAUGCAGAUGUUUGAAGGGUGUUUUAGAUGCAGACAGCUGUAGAAAAACUGUGCCAUACAGUACAUUGCUUAAGUCUGAUAUGCACCUAUUUAGAAGAUGUUUGCCUUUUACAGUUGGACAAUGUGCCAAAUCAAGCUAGAUGGAGAAUAUGUAAAGCUGUACAUGUAGCAUAAUAUUACUGUUAAGUAAUUUCACUUUUGUAUGACAGUCUAUUUUAAUUUGGGAUUUCUAUUCUUAUGGAGUGCAUGUCACCAAUUGACUUCCCCCUUUCUAGCUGUAAUGUGCAAUAUGUCUUAUCAAUAGAGAAAAAUGCAGGAAAUCUCUCUUUGAUCUAGGGAAGGAACUGCGGUUUCAGCAACAUGUGGCCUUUAAUGUCACAAAAACACAGGCCUUUUAUUCUGAUAUGCAAUCAUCAAAACACAGAAAAAUAAACUUUUCUGAACUAAGUUAUGCUAAGAGGUCCCAAGACCAUUUGUCUACAGCACCAAGAUAUAGGAUGUUGUCGUUUUGGAUUGAAGUUGUUUGAAGAUUGAAUCUAUUUAACUAGAGUCUGGUUGUUGGUACUGUAGGGUUUCCUUUGAAGCUGCUUUUAUAAAUGAGCAUAUGUUAUUGCCUUCCCACAAUAUGAAUCCUUCCCUUUGCUUCCUCGAGUUCGUGCUGCGUUUUGUUUAAGAAAUAAGCCUUGAGUGUGUCCUUUGCUUGUUGAUUGUUGUGUGUUUUAAUAUGUGUGUUCUUCAGGAGAUUGUGGGUAGAGGUUGUGAAUGAACCUUAUUAACCUUAACCUCAGUUAUAGACCUUGUAAUAGUUCCCAUCCUUUUGUUUUUAAUUUAGAGCUGUUUUUAAUUACCUUCUUCUAGCAAGUGAUGCAUUAUAAGAGCUCCCUGGUGUGGUCUAAAAAAAAAAUGCUCUUGUCUUUUGGUAUUAGACAUGUACUGUAUCUGAUACUGAAUGCGUCAUUUAUAGCACAAACAAUUAAUGUAAAGCAUUUUUUCAGCUUUUAAAUAUUUAGACACUCAAGUGACAAUAAGAGGACAUUUCUGAUUUACUCAGGCUGCUGUGACUUUUUAAGGUUGAGGUUAGCCAAUUCCUGUGAAGUACAAUCAUUUCUGACAUGAGCUUUGUUUUUCUUAAAGUUAUCCUCCAGGGGAAAACACAUACCAGCACUGCACUGAUUUGUGUCACAAUGAAUUAGGCCAGAAAUAAAGUCAGAAAUUGGCUCUGUCUGCUGUUAACAAUCAGUUUGUGUUUUAAUUUAUAAUGUUUGCCCUGGUGAGAAGAUUUUAGAAAAAGUCAUGAAACCACAAUAAAAGUGGAAACCAAAUUGUACAUAACAA